AUGAAGCGUAAUAAUAAUAAAAGCAAGACCAAGACGCAGCAACAGAUCAGCCGAGAACAGCGCUUGGGCCUGGUAUUUGAUAUCGACGGAACCUUGAUCCUCGAGACGGAAAAUACGGCAGAGGAAAUCGUCUUGCGUCCAGGAAGCAUGGAGUUCCUGCAAUGGUGCCAACAACGGGGCCAUGCAUUGGCACUGUGGACCGCCGCCAGUGACUUUCACUUGGAUCGUUGCGUGAAAACCAUUUGUCCGCUCGUUGCCCCACACGACGACAAACCUUGCCAAGGCGUAAAAUGCAACAAAGCGUUUGAGUUUGCCUGGUGUCAUUCCAAGCUGAAACAGCAGGAGCAAACAAAACUGACCUUUGAUGGUAUGGACCAUAACGACGGACUAGGAUGCCAGUGGUGCCGUUGGUAUCGUCAUUCUUGUGACCGGUGCCAGUGUCACAACUACACUUAUGCAUGUCCCUGUCGGUACACGAAGGACUUGAAAAAGGUUUGGAAGGCUGCGUGUUGUGCGAAAGGCAAGCAACAUCGAAUUUUUGGUCGGAAGGAGCGGACUUUGAUGAUUGAAAACACGCCUCAGCAAUGCAUCGACAACUUUGGAAACGCCAUUUACGUUCCCACAUACGAUGAUCCAGCAUCCGCAUCGUUCACAGCAGAACAAGAGAUGUGGGAGCGGCUCAAGAAGCUCCUGGUGCAGGAGCUGGAACAAGCUCCGGACAUCCGCGAGGUGCGCAAGUGUCGGCGGCUACAUGGAUUUACCGAAUCUGGCCGGCCACACGCCUGUUUCCAACAAGAUUGGUGGUAUGCGGAUGAUGAUGACGAGGAAGCAAAGGGCGAUGGAACUUAUAGUGACGACGGAACAUAA